UUUCUACAUUCACUAAUUGCUAUCCAUAUCAUUGCUUUAGUGAUCCAUUAGAUUAGAGAUCAGAAAUGCAGAUCCUGUUUGUUUCGGCCCCCUUCUUUUCUCUAAGAUUUAUGGGUUGUUGUGGUUUUCCUGGAUUAAGUUAAGCUUAGAGCUUGAGUGAUAGCAGAGCACUCUUGUAUUAGUGGCCUAAACAGGAAGGUUAUUGUCGAUAAUCAAUUGCUUGGCAGGGGCAGGGCUAGUCUGUCUGGUCUCUGGUAGUAGAUUAGAUAUAAAAAGCAGUUUCUAUUAGUAGGGAGCUAUAGAAUAAUGCUAUAAGCGAAUAGGAAUAUAUUAGAAACCGAUGCAAAAAAAUGAAGGAGCAAAAGCGGAAAGGGUGAUUGGAGAGAGAGAAAUUUGAGUUGUGUUGUUGUAGUUGUAGGUGGGGGCGGAGGUGAUUGGAGAGCUGGUGCAUAGAGACGGGGAGACUGGGAGAGAGAAGGGGAUGUCUGGCUCUGGCGGCGGCGGCGGGUGCAGUUGCGUAGUAUGGCUGAGGAGAGAUCUGAGGAUAGAAGAUAACCCGGCGUUGGCGGCUGGGGUUAGAGCAGGGACGGUGGUGCCGUUGUUUAUAUGGGCGCCGGAAGAGGAAGGCCAUUACUAUCCUGGAAGGGUGUCCCGCUGGUGGUUGAAGCACAGCCUUGCCCAUCUCGAUUCGUCCUUGCGCAAUCUCGGCGCUCCUUUGCUGACUAAGAGAUCCACUGAUUCCCUCUCUACUCUCCUUCAGGUCCUUCAAUCCACCGGCGCCACUCACCUCUUCUUCAACCACUUAUAUGAUCCUUUGUCACUUGUUCGGGAUCACAGAGCGAAGGAAGUUUUGACAGCUAGAGGAAUAGUUGUGAGAUCCUUCAAUGCAGACCUUCUUUAUGAACCAUGGGAUGUUACUGAUGCUCAAGGCCUUCCUUUCUCCACCUUUGCUUCCUUCUGGGAGAGAUGCCUUACCAUGCCUUAUGAUCCUGAAGCUCCUUUACUCCCGCCUAAGAGGAUUAUAUCAGCUGAUGUCUCGAGAUGUCCUUCCGGUACAUUAGUAUUUGAAGACGAAUCGGAGAAGGCAAGCAAUGCACUCCUUGCUCGAGCAUGGUCACCUGGGUGGAGCAAUGCUGACAAAGCCUUGACGACAUUUAUCAAUGGGCCGUUGCUUGAGUACUCGAAUAACCGUAGGAAGGCUGACAGCGCCACGACCUCGUUUCUCUCUCCUCACUUGCAUUUUGGGGAAGUUAGUGUGAGAAAGGUUUUUCAUCUCCUUCGGAUCAAGCAGGUUUUGUGGGCCAAUGAAGGAAACCAAGCUGGGGAAGAGAGCGUGAAUCUGUUUCUCAAGUCGAUCGGUCUUAGGGAGUACUCGAGGUACAUGAGUUUUAAUCAUCCCUACAGUCACGAGAGGCCUCUCCUAGGGCACCUCAAGUUCUUUCCAUGGGUUGUGGAUGAGGGAUAUUUUAAGGCAUGGAGACAAGGAAGGACUGGUUAUCCUUUAGUCGAUGCUGGAAUGAGGGAAUUAUGGGCCACAGGGUGGAUGCAUGAUCGGAUAAGAGUGGUGGUUUCAAGUUUCUUUGUUAAAGUUCUGCAACUUCCAUGGAGAUGGGGGAUGAAAUAUUUCUGGGAUACACUCUUGGAUGCUGAUUUAGAGAGCGAUGCUCUUGGUUGGCAAUACAUUUCUGGAACUCUCCCUGAUGGACGUGAGUUCGAUCGCAUUGAUAACCCACAGUUUCAGGGUUACAAAUUCGACCCUAAUGGUGAAUAUGUCCGUCGCUGGCUUCCCGAGCUAGCUAGGCUGCCAACCGAAUGGAUACAUCAUCCAUGGAAUGCACCUGAAUCAGUCCUUCAAGCAGCUGGCAUCGAAUUGGGAUCCAACUAUCCUCGCCCCAUUGUAGGAAUAGACGCUGCAAAAGUCAGGUUGGAAGAAGCACUCUCUGAGAUGUGGCAACUCGAGGCUGCUUCGAGAGCAGCAAUUGAGAAUGGCACUGAAGAAGGUCUUGGAGAAUCCUCCUAUGACUUGGAACCGAUUGCAUUCCCUCAGGACAUACAAAUGGAGGAGGAAGAACAACAGCAUCAUGAACAACCUAUGAGAAACAACAAUCCUUUGGUAGCAGUUCGCCGUUAUGAAGAUCAGAUGGUGCCGAGCAUGACAACUUCUAUCCUUAGAGGGGUGGAUGAUGAGGAAACAUCUGCAGAUGCCCAAAAUGCUGCAGAAGAUAGCAGAGCGGAAGUUCCAAGAAAUGUAAAUCAAGAACGGAGGGGAGAUGCUUCAAACGAAGAGGUUAUGCAGACUGUUUACAGGGCUAACCCUUUGCCUCAAGUUAACAUGGUUAGGGUUGGGGCAAAUGCUGCAGACGACUCUGCAUCAGAAUCUUCUUCAAGCACAAGGAGGGAGAGGGAUGGGGGCGUGGUUCCAGUUUGGUCUCCUCCUCCAACUCCGAGUUACUCGGAUCAGUUUGUUGGUGAUGAAAAUGGAAUGGGUUCGAGUUCUUCUUACUUGCAGAGACAUCAAUCUCACCAGAUACUCAACUGGAGGCGGCUUCCCCAGACUGGGUAGCAUCGAGUCUUUUGAAAGACUUGGGGCACCCUAACGAGAUGCCAGGUACACACACGUACUGGACUGUGCAGGUUAAAGUACAUUGGAAUGAUGCUCUAAUCCCCAUCAACCCGCUCGGUGUCGAAAUCAAAUAGUCCCAACUAAAUCGCUCAUUUCCACGAUACACUGUAAGCUGAUCACUGCACUGAGACCUCGAAUGUGGAUACUACUACUACUACCAUACGAAUCAGCCAGACGAUAUUAUUAUCGUUCCACUCCUUAUUUGUGCCAUGUAUCUACUUUGUAUGCUGUAUAGUUUUUCAUCCAUUUUUCCUUUUUUGGUUCGUGUUGUAAGGUAUGAUAAUUGUUGACAGGGUUUGUAGCUGGAUCACGAAUUCCAGGUUUAUUGAAAUUUAAUUGGGUCAGAGUAGGCAGAUGGUUCCCACUGUAAUUCUUGCUCUCUAUGCAUUUGUUUUUCUUCUUACCGGCACUAGUGCGUCUCUAUUAUCGAGUGAAAAACAGGAAAAUCAAAGUCCUACCUGCGCCCAAGUGCCAUUGCAUGUGAUUAGCACUUCUUGGUGUUCCUAUACAAACUGUAAUUACUUUUGCUACCAGGAUGAACCUACGCGGGUGUGAACUGUGAAACCUUCAUCGCAAGGUGAAUGUUGUGAGUAGUGGUGUCUCC